CAGUAUUUCUAAAAUCUUGGCUACAGCCCUGGUUUCUAUGCUUUGUUGUGAACUCAUUUAUUUAUAGGUCUCAAAAAAGAGAGACUCAUGAAUGAUGAUGGGUCUAUCUUUUAUCUUCUGUAGCUGUUGUUGUCAUUAAUUGUUUUAUGUUUCCCCACUCUGGUAUUGUUCCUGCUCAUUCUUGCCUAAGUUCCCCUUUAAGAUUAGUCAUUUUUUAUUAACUGGCUGUUUAAUGUGGAAACCAGCCAAUAGAAUAAAGGCUCCGUGCAAAGAAAGACAUCUUUGGGCUGCAUUACCUCCAGCAUUGCCUGCCUUAUCUCUGAAUGACCGAGUCUCUUGACAUAUAUGGAUAAACCCGUCACUCUGCGGCUCGACAAUACAGUCCCAAAAUAAUCUGAGAGAGCACAGCUGAGCCCCCCGCUCGACGCUGCUCGCUGCGCCCUGUGACCACAUACUGCCGUGAAAUCUCUCACCAGUAAUGACCAAAUUCAGCUAUUCUGAAUACUUAUCUCAAUUUCGUAAUGCUGGAGGUAAAUGUAAUAAUGUUGUGUCGCGACUGCGGGGAGACAGGAGGAGAGGAGACGCUCAGAGCGACAUAACGUCAGAGCCGGAGGAUGUUGACCCAGUGGUCUUUGCCAUUGGAAGAGGCGAUCUGAAGGCUCUUAAUGAUCUGGCAACAUCCGCUGCUCACCACCUCCAGAAGGAGGACAAAGAUGGGUGGAUACCUUUGCACCAUGCUGCCUUCUGUGGACAGACGGAGUGCUUGAAGAUCCUACUGAGGGCCCAUCCAGUUUCAGUGGACAAACGUACCUUGCAGGAGCAGACAGCCUUGCUGCUCGCUGUGUCUUGUGAACACUCGUCAUGUGUGCAGUGCCUUCUGGAGGCAGGCGCCGACCCCGACAUCAGCAGCAAGAACAAAGAGACCCCUUUGUACAAAGCCUGUGAGUUGGAGAAUGUGGAUAUGGUGAGCCUCAUUCUGUCCUAUGGAGCCACAGUGAACCAGCGGUGUGGUCAGGGUUGGACAGCCCUCCAUGAGGCUGUAUCCAAAAACAAUACAGAGAUCUGUGAGAUACUAAUAAGAGCCGGGGCCUCAAUCAAUCCACCUAAUACCUACAGCAUCACACCACUCAUUGUAGCAGCUCAGCGAGGACAGAUGAGGGCACUGUGUUACCUUAUUGGAAAAGGUGCAGAUGUGAACAUCCAGACAUGUGAUGGCGUCACAGCGCUGCAUGAGGCUAGUAAAAAUGGCCACAGGGAAAGCGUAGCGGUGCUGUUGACUAAAAACGCUGAUGCCAACAAACCCACCAACUCAGGACUGCUGCCAUUGCAUUUUGCUGCACAAUAUGGACACCAUGAGAUUGUGUCCCUGCUUGUCCCAGUGACAAGUCGAGCCAGGCUCCGUCACAGUUGCAUCAGCCCCCUCCACCUGGCAGCAGAGCACAACAGACACACUGUGGCAGCUGUGCUGCUGAAGACAGGUGCAGAUGUAAACGCCACACUGGCCCACAGUCACUCUGUCCAGUAUGCUGAUCAACGAGCAACAGCCCUCUACUUUGCUAUCGCCAACGGCAGCACUGAGACAGCAGAGGUGCUACUAAACGCUGGUGCUAGUCUAAGCCUGGACCCAGUCAGUCCUUUACUGAUGGCUGUACGGCAGGGCUGUGUCAGCACUGUGUCCUUACUGCUGGAGAGAGGGGCCGAUGCCAACGCUAGAAUCCCGUCUUAUGCUACUGCGUUCCCUGCUGUUGUUGCACUUUGCAUGAAUAAUCUGUCUCUGCUCAAGUGCCUUUUGGACAAUGGCUGCGAUGCUCUCUCCUGUUUUACAUGUACACAUGGCAAUGCACCUCACCCAACAGGAGAAGGAUCCCAUAUAAGAAAUGGCAGCAAUGGAUAUGUUUUGCUGAAUGAAAAUAUACUUCCUUUAAACUGCAGUGAGCCACCAGAAAGGGAAACACAGUUCUGUGAGUGGAUCUCAGCAUCAGUUAUGUGUAAAUGGGCAGGACCGAUCAUAGACCUGCUGCUGGAGCAUGUUGGCCAUGUUCAGCUGUGCAGCAAGCUCACUGAACUACUGGACAGCCGUGAAGAAUGGCUCGCUGUUAAGAGGAAGUCAUCGUCACCUCGUCCAUUGCUGCACCUUUGCAGAUUAAAGAUUCGGACUGAAAUGGGGAGACACAGACUGAAAUCUCUCACAAGCCUACCUCUGCCAAACAGACUGAUCAGAUACCUGACCCUGACUGACUGACUGACUUUAAGAAGAACAUCAAGCAACAUAGGCAUCAGAUGUGGAACUAAAUUUAUCAUUGUGUUUCUUUUUUUAGUUGCCUCUAAUAUCUUAAAUCUAAAAAAGCAAUGUUCUAUGUAUAAAACAUCUAUUUAUAACAUAUAUAAUGUGACACUGGGUUCCUUUAAUCUGUAUGUCAGAAUGUUUUGCAGUUUCACAGAAGUGCUCCAGUAAAAAUGAUCUAUUUCCCAAAGGAGUCCUUGAGGGAAGUUGAAUCAUUUAUUAAAAAAUAAAAGGCAUUUUUUUCA